AUGUCGAAGACGAUUACGACCGACGCCGCCUCGCAGCAGGCUCCAGACGAGCCUACGAAGACGAAGACCACGAACUGGUGGCGCCGUAUUGUUGGGCUGGUAUGGGACUCUGUGGAAGGCGACCCUAGAGAGCGGAAAUAUGUCCAGAAGCUUGAUACUUUCCUCUUUUCGUACAUUUGUCUGGGUUACUUCAUCAAGGUUCUCGAUCAGAACAACUACAGCAACGCUUUCGUCAGUGGCAUGAAAGAAGACCUGGAACUAUACGGCAAUGAACGUAACUUCCUCAACACCUACUUCAAUCUCGGCAUCAUCAUCGGCACGGUGCCGGCUCAACUGAUCCAGCUCUCCGUCAUUCGCCCAUCCUACUGGAUCCCUGCUUGUGAGAUUUUAUGGUCCGCGUUGACCAUGGUGAUGGCAUCCGCGAAGAAUGUCAAGACCCUUUAUGCGCUACGGUUUUUUGUUGGUCUCCUUGAGGCUUGUUCGUUUCCUGGCUAUUCCUCCCUCCUGGGAGGAUGGUACGGGCCCAACGAACUCACGAAGCGGGUUGCUAUAUUUGAGCAGACCACUGCUAUUGCCAACAUGUUUAGCGGAUAUCUUCAAGCUGGAUUGUAUAAGAGCAUGAAUGGAAAACACGGCCUGGCCGGCUGGAGAUGGCUUUUUAUUAUGGACGGUAUCAUUUCCAUUCCCAUCGCCAUCUACGGCAUCUUUGCCAUUCCUGAUCUUCCACAUACAACCAAGGCAAUCUAUUGGACCAAAGAGGACAAAGAAUACGGCGUAAAACGUAUUGAGAGGAUCGGACGCGGCGCUCCACGCAAACUAAGCUUGCAGGUCCUCAAGAAGGUGUAUUUUGACUGGCACAUCUGGUUGUUCAUCUUCGCAUAUGUAUGGGUGGCCGAGGCUGGCUUCGGAACCAGUUUCUUCAACCUCUGGCUUAAGGCGGAAGGAUAUUCUGUGUAUCAAUGCAAUGUCCUUCCGACCGCAGGUAGUGCCAUCAGCGUCGUGACGGCAUUUGUGUUCGGCAUCUACGUGGACCGGACGAAACAACGGCUGUUGACCAGCAUCUUUAUCCAACUCUUGCUGCUGGUUUCCAACAUUAUGCUCAGCAUCUGGAAUAUCCCUCGAGCUGCCUUGUUUUUUGCAUUCUACUUGUCCUUCGCUGGUGCCGGGUCCCAGGCCAUCGUCAUUGCCUGGGGUAACGAACUGAACGGCCAUGAUCCCAACCUACGGCAGCUCCUCGUGGCCACGGGAAAUAUGUUUACUUACACCUUCUCCAUGACGGCGCCAUUGGUCCUUUUCCCAACGUACGACGCUCCGCAUUACAAGUAUGGGUACCAGAUCUUGAUCCUGGCGGGUGGGCUGGGUGUGAUUGGACUGUUUCUCCUGCGCUGGCAAGAAAGAUUCGAGCAGCCUAAGAGAGACCGUCUGCGCGCCGCUCAGGUUGCCGCCGAGUCGGCUCGUGCUGUGCAGCUGGACGAGGAGAGCGACAGGGGCGCGAGAAAGGACGAAGCGAACGUCACGGUCGAAUCUCCCGAGACCACAAUUGCCUCGCGGUAA